AUGACGAAUCGCCAUUUUCAAUUCAACAUAGCCCUAUAGGAACUGUUGAGGAAGAUCUGAAAGUACAAAAAUUGUGACAGCUGUGUGUAUUUGUUCUUAAAACAUAUCUUUUUAAACAGAAAACAGUGUAGGCCUACAUUUUUUGGACAAUUGCAGGUUUUUAAUAAAGCACUUUGAAUGUCUAAAGCAACACAUUUCAUGGAAAAUUCCAACAAAAAGCCUGAAUUCUCCACGAUUACAGAUUUAUCAUGCUGUGAAAACCCCAACAAAGCUAGACACAGUUACAAAGCAGGUGUGUUUUGUCCAGGAAAUCAUGAAGCUGAGAUGUGCUAUGGAGGAGAAGCUGAUCUACACAAACAUGUUACUGGUUGUACAAAGAAUCCAGGUCACAAAGAUUUUAUACCUCUUAAAGAUUUCAACUCAAAUUGUCUCCCCUCACGUUACCAUGACGACGACCUCGUGUUUAAGACAAUCAAAACAAUGGCAGCCCUAACUGUCCAGGUAAAGACUAAAUUCACCAGUCUAGAGAGACCAGAGUUUUACCCAGGCACUCAAGUUCCAUAUCCAUGUUAUAAUGACAGAGGAAGUCACGUGAUGAGGUUAGGGACGGGGAGGGUGUGCCGUGUGGAUAAGUACAAGGAGAGGGACAGAAAAACUUGUCAUUGUGCCAAGUGUCAAGUCUCUGCCACACCCAGCAAAGUGUGGGCGGAGGUUUGUGUGAUGACAGCCAAACACGUGGUGUUUGAUGACAGUGAGGCGAGACAGACCAGGUGUGUUUUAGGUUUCGAUGACAAUAAAAGUCCAGUGGUCAGUCUUGAUGGCUGGGUGGUGGAGGUGGGUGGGUCAGACAUUGAGAGAGACUUGUGUAGGUUGAGAUAUGUGACAUGUGACUUAAAGUUGAUUGAUGAACUGCUCAAGAUGUGUCGGCGCUUUGAUGGUCUGUGGAGGGAAGUAAGAAACAAAUACAGGAGAUUUGAUGAUGUGGACAAGUUGACCGUUGUAGUGUCACAUCCUCAUGGCUGUCCUAAACAGGUCUCUGUAGGACAAUGGACACACAAACAUGAGAGGGAUGAUGAUAAUGAUAUUGAUGAUUUGACUUAUAUUAUCACCUCGACCAGGUACUGGUACACAACAUGUACAUGUCCUGGCUCCAGUGGAGCGCCUGUCUAUAGGCCGGGAUAUGACAAGUGGCCGUAUAACCAUCCCCACAGUGGAUGGGACUCUGAAGGAAAUUAUAGUGGGGAGAAUGUGGACUGAUGUAGCUGUUAGUUCUCUCCCCUUGUCUACACAAUGUAAACAAACAAAAUGGCGGAACAUUUCCCGUCAUUAAGCAGUUUGUUUGUAGACUGGCAUGUCUUGUAAACAUUUUAUUACAUUUAAAUGAUUAAAACGAAUGUUUUGAUUGAUUUAAACCGUUUAAUUCACAUUUACAUUGAAGGAUUUAAGAGGUUUUUUUGUUACAAAAGUUUUCAAUAAUCUGCUUAUACUUUUUGUCGGCAAAUUGUUGUCAUAUAGAUUUCUACCUAGAUCUAUAAGCUGGAUAUUACCUGUAAAUAAAAUGUAACCUACCUAUCAAAUGUCAUAUUUAAACUGUUUGUUUUUCUUUACAAAAUGUUCACACUAAGGGACAUUAAAUG